UCCACUGCCUGGAGUCAAUGCUCGUACCCGUCUAGCUCUCUGCGCGCUCCCGUACAUGUCGCCAUUUUGAUUCGAAUAAUAUGACUGAGUUUUUCCUGCUUUGCUUGCUAAACUUAGCCCCGCGUUUGAAUUACUUUGUUAGUGAGUACGAAUCAUUCUGUCUCGUGUGAAAGAACAGUUAUUCCUGUUGCUGUUUAGAAGCCAUUGUCGCCGGGGAAGUGUGGAUUUGAUUGACUUUAAAGGCAGAUCUGAGUAACGUUAGCUAAGUUGAGCUAGCUAACUGUAGCCUGACCCUUCUUCAAAACAAAUCAAGGCUAAUGUCUGCUAGCUAACACAGCUAAUGUCUGCUAACACGGAGAGCUAGUUAGCUGCAGAGAGACUUAGUCUGCCUGACGGAAAACUCCACCAACACUCUGAUACUGACGGGAGGAACAGCAGCUUUCAAUCAAAGGUUAUGGUGAGCCUCUCAGCGUCUCAUCUCCUACAGAGGCCUGCGUUUUAAGAGGAGACCCAUGCUGAUAAAUGCCAGGCCUCGCCACACUCUCUGUCGUCUGCACAAACACAAAUGCCUGCCUGCCUGUGGGGGAGGUCUGAUUAAAGAUAUCCACAUUUCAUCCACUGGGCUGUGUCCCCCGUCCCAGCGGCCACCAUGUUUUGGAAGUUCGACCUGCACACCACCUCCCACAUCGACCAGCUGCUGGACAGGGAGGACGUGACGCUGAGAGAGCUGAUGGAAGAGGAUGACGUCCUCCAGGAGUGUAAGGCCCAGAACCGUCGGCUUCUCCUGUUCCUCUCCCAGGACCACUGCAUGCAGGAGCUGGUCAGCCUCAUCACCACAGAGCCGCCCGCCGACCUGGAGGAGAAGAGUCGCUUUAAGUUUCCCAACAUUGCUUGUGAGCUCCUCACAUCAGAUGUGUCAUUAAUAAAUGAUAAACUGGGUGCAGACGACUCUCUCCUCGAGAUGCUUUAUCACUUCUUGGAGCAGGACCCACCACUCAACCCACUACUGGCCAGCUUCUUCAGCAAAACCAUUGGCAAUCUCAUCGCCAGAAAAACUGAACAGGUGAUCACCUUCCUAAAGAAAAAGGAAGGAUUCAUCGGUCUAGUGCUGAAACACAUUGACGCCUCGGCCAUGAUGGACCUGCUGCUUCGCCUCAUCAGCUGUGUGGAGCCUGCUCCCUUGAGGCAGGAGGUCCUCCAUUGGCUAAACGAGGAGAAGUUGGUACAAAGACUCACAGAGCUCAUCCAUACAGGCAAAGAUGAGGAGAGACAAUCAAAUGCAUCCCAAACACUCUGUGACAUCAUCCGCCUUAGUCGAGACCAGGCCAAUCAGAUGCAGGAGAAUAUGGAGGCCGACCCACUAUUGGCUGUACUAGAGUCGCAGGAAAGUGUAGCAGGGCUCGUCAAGAACAUGUUCGAGGGGGAGAGGAACGAGGCCUCCAUUGUUAAUGGAACUCAAGUGCUACUUACCUUACUGGAGACCAGGAGGUCUGGGUUGGAAGGGCUGAUGGAUCUGUAUUCUCAGGGUUUUGAAAGGUCUUACACUGUCAACAGCAGUAUUUUAAAUGCCAUUGAGCCCCAUUUAAAGGACUUCCAGCAGCUUCUUCUGGAUCCCCCCAAGAAAAGUGCAAUAUUGACGACCGUUGGCGUUCUGGAGCAGCCACUGGGGAACGCUCGCCUUCACGUAGCCCGGCUGGUGGCCGCCCUGCUGCAGACCAAUGCCCCCAGCAUCUGCCAGGAGCUCUGCAAUCUUGCCACCAUGGACCUACUACUGGAUCUGUUCUUCAAAUACUCCUGGAAUAACUUUUUGCACUUCCAAGUGGAGCUCUGCGUAGCGGCUAUCCUGAACCAUCCAUCCUCGGACGAGCGGCCCAGCCCAGGCCUCCAAAACCAUGACGGAAAUCCUGCAGCAACCAACUCGGAGGUGCCAGGGGAGGCAGUGGAGACAGGCCGGACCAGUGACCCACAGACCUCCAUCCACAACGCCCUCGUGGCACAUCUCUUUCAGAAGUGUCAAUUGGUACAGAGGAUCCUUGAUGCCUGGGAGGAGAAUGAUAAAAUACAAGCUGAGGGUGGCACCAGGAGAGGAAACAUGGGCCACCUGACCAGAAUCUCCAACAUGGUGGUUCAGAACCUGGAGAAAGGACCAGUACAGGCCCAGAUCACCGACCUCAUCAAAGAGCUUCCAGAGGACUGCAGAGGUCGCUGGGAGAGCUUUGUAGAUGAGACCCUGCGAGAGACUAACAGGAGGAACACCGUGGAGCUGGUGAGCACUCACAACAUGCACUCAUCCAGUGAGGACGACGACAUGGAGAGCCCCUUCCCCAACGACCUGUCUCUCCAACAGGCCUUCUCAGACUAUCAGAUCCAACAGAUGACCGCUAAUUUUGUGGAUCAGUUUGGGUUCAAUGAUGAGGAGUUCAGCGAGCAUGACGAAAAUAUCAACGCUACUUUUGACAGAAUCGCCGAAAUAAACUUCAAUCUAGAUGCUGAUGAUAAUAGUGCCAACGCGGCUGCUUUUGACGCCUGCUGUAAAGAGAGGAUACGCCCGUUUGACGACGCUGAAGAAGAAGAGGACAUUUGGGAGGAGAAGGAGAUGAACUAUGCAACACAAGUCAAAUCCAGAACACGGUUUGGAGUCACCCAGACCUCAGACGGAAGCUCCAGAGGCAGCUUGGAGAAUGGAGGCAGAGAGCGGGACCACAGAUCUGAGUCUGACGAUGACGAGGACUCUGAACAGAACACAUCAGAAUCAGGUCCCGGCUGGACGGCAAACUUCAGGGACUCGAGAGGGACUGCAGCAUCCCAGACCCCAGCAGGGUGGGAGAGCUCGACCGGAGGCGGAGGAGAGAUGCAGGGAAGCGGCUGGGCCAACUUCACUGAGUUCCAGCCUUUCUCUGGUACGGAGACUGAGCCCAGGUGCAGCUCUCCUGUGGAAUCUGCUGGUAGUGACUCUGAUAAACAAGCCAAACAAAACCACGAGAAGAGCGCAGACGGAAGUGCCUCCUCUGGUGCUUGGCCGGUAGGAGAGGGGAAGAAGGCUCCUCUCGUGGCCUCGGACAGCAGCUCCUCCGGGGGAUCAGACAGCGAGGAGGAGAAAGGAGAGAAAGGAGAGAAAAGAGAGAAAGGAGAGAAAGGAGAUAAAAAUGCUGCAGCAGCUAUCACCUCCGAAACCCCCGCCUCCCCUGCCGCCCCUGUCUCCCCCGCUGCCCCCGCCAACAAGACAGCUGACCUCAAAAGCGAGGAGAGUCCGGUGUCUCUAGAGAAGCUCUCUCUGUCAGAUCCUCCUAAAGCGUCGGAGCAGACACCUGCUGACGACUCACCUGUAGCUCCACAGACUGACAGGAAAGAGGAAAUGCCCCCGCCCCAGGAAGUGUCGGUGAACGGGCCGGUCUGAGCGCGUGCAGACUGCUCACAGCCACCUGUGACGGUGCGGCGGACUGUCAGCCUCCUCCAGAGUGACUCCCCUAAAAUAACCUCACUGCAUACGGUGUUUUUUACUGAAUCACUCUGCCAUGUUAUUGGACCUGGACACUGCCAAUCAACACCAAUAAUGAGGCGGCGGAACAUGUAAAAAAAAACAACAAAAUUAUGAAAAAUGAGAAACCAACCAAUCCGACAGACGGAGCGGAGGAGUGCCGAGGAUCAUCUUCAAAGCCUUGUUUCCGAUGUUGCACAUGAUGAAAAGGUGCGGUUUUAAUGUAGCAGCGACAGAAUCCGAGGGGUAACAUCGUCAUUAUUAUUUUUUUAUGUCCUGAAAGAUUUCUCCGACCUGCUCCCAGCUGUUGGAAUCCCGUUGUUUGGGAUUUUUUACAUCCUCACCCCUGAAUGGAUAGCACAGGCUAACUUUUAACGAUGCCUCAACAAUAAAUACCUUUUUUUUUCUUUUUUUUUGACAGCAUUUUUUUUGUCUUCGAGCUUAAAGAAAAAGCACUUAUGCAGCCAUUUACUGUACAUUAUAGCACAAUGUAAGUGUUCGACCCUCAUCUCUGCUGGCUGUCUUAUCUGUCCUCUCACCACGUCGAGGUUUUUAUCCCUUUCUUUUCUUUCUUUGGUUGCUGUUGAUGAAACAUGUCGUUGUCACCAGGUUUCUGAAUGUUUGAAGUGCUUCAGGAGGGCCCGUCUAAAAGAGGAAGAGGAGGAGGAGGAGGAGGAAGAGGAGGUCGAUGAACAGAGCUCUAAUAGUAUUACUGUCUUUUUGCUCAUGUGCAAUAAUGUCAAUUAGUUAUUUAAAAGAUGAAAUUCAACAUUUAUUUCUUUCGGAUCAAUCGAGCGUCACAUUCGGUCGUAGCUUUGGGAAAACAAAUCUGGAUAUAAUCUCUCUGAUUUCAAUCUGAUCUCUUUGUUUGUUGUUUUUUCUUUUAGUGCAUGUAUAACCGGUUCUCUGUUGACCUAGCUAGUGAGCUAAGACCUUCUGAUUGUAAUGACUUUAAGUUCUUAUUGCUAUUCCCCUUAAAUCAACCAAACAUUAUCUACCUAUAUACCAAUAUUAUCUACAUUUAAAAGUAAUUUUACAAGCAAUCUUGAGAUUACUCUUGUCGUCUGUUCCUUUUCUCUCUCUCCGCUGAGCACUUACUCACAGGGCGAGAGCGGCAUCUGGUUAGAGUGACGCUGUAUGUUUCUUUUUUUUUUUUAAAGUUUAAUUUUAUUUCUUUCUGAGCAGCAGGAUUUGAACGAGGACAGGUCCGGGCUCUGCAGAGCUCCGGGCCUCUUUGGUGUACUUAAAUCAUUUGACAGCGAUCAGGUUCUACGAUCAUUGUUAAACAAAAAAAAAUGAAAUUAAAAGUGUCUGGUUGACCACAUUAAUACCAAAA